ACCCUAUAGAGAAGAUCGCAUCGAGACAACCGCGAUUUUAUAUGUUAUUUUUCUCUCACGUGGAAAUAGAUAAAUAAGGAUUUUUACUGAAACAACCAGUUAUUCGUUUCGCUCUAUAUCUCAUCAUCUUAUGGCCUCCGCCGCUGACCAUCGCCACCGCCGCCACCAUCCAGCCACCCACUUUUCUCGCUUCCUCCACACCGCCUCCACCAAUCUAUCCUCUUUCCUCAACCCAAAACCACCAUCUCCGUCUCCAACCUCUUCAAGAAUCCAACUCCCUCUCCCCCACCGGGACUCGGUCCUCUCACUUGCUUCCCCGUCCGAGUCAGGACAGCCCGACUCAAUUCCCUCAGCUCGGUCAAGAACUCCCCCGUCUUCCUCGUCCUCAUCAAUCAAAAGCAUGCCUUCUACAGAACCUGGUUCUGGGUUCCCCUCCACGGUUCGGAUUUCGACCGGGAAAGGCGGUGGACCUGCAUUUGUGGGCCAAGUUUUCAGCAUGUGUGACCUUUCCGGGACUGGUUUAAUGGCCGUAUCCACUCAUUUUGAUAUCCCUUUUCUAUCUAAAAGAACACCAGAGUGGCUGAAGAAGAUGUUUGCGGCAGUUACUAAGAGUGAAAGGAAUGGCCCUGUAUUCCGUUUCUUCAUGGAUCUGGGUGAUGCUGUUUCUUAUGUAAAACAGCUCAAUAUACCCAGCGGUGUUGUUGGUGCAUGCCGUCUUGAUAUUGCAUACGAGCAUUUUAAGGAGAAGCCGGAGUUAUUUCAAUUUGUUCCGAAUGAAAAACAGGUAAAGGAAGCCAACAAACUUCUAAAGACCUUGCCUCACGGUGAUGGGAAAAAGAAAGUGGACGGAGUUCCUGUUUUUAGUGCUCAAAACUUGGAUAUUGCUAUAGCAACAAAGGAUGGCAUCAAGUGGUAUACUCCUUACUUUUUUGACAAAAACAUGCUAGACAACAUUCUCGAAGAAUCUGUAGACCAACAUUUCCAUUCAUUAAUUGAGACACGGCAUUUUGAACGUCGGCGAGAUGUUGUUGAUGAUAGCCUCACAACAGAAGCUGUUGAGGAGAUGGGAGAAAGCAUGUGGGAUCCUCCAGAGGUUCAGGAAAUGCUGGAUGAAAUGGGUCAUCCAGGUAUACCAUUGAGCAUUGUGUCAAAGGCUGCUGAGAUCCAGCUUCUGUAUGCCGUCGACAGGGUUCUUCUGGGGAAUAGAUGGUUGCGCAAAGUCACUGGAAUUCAACCCAAAUUUCCAUAUAUGGUUGACUCAUUUGAGAGAAAGAGUGCAGCUUCAUUUCUGAGAGCCCAAAAUCCAUCUCGUUUUAUUUCAAACUCAGAAUUUGGAGAAGUCGCUGAAGUUCAGAAACCUGGCACUUUAGAGACUGUAAGGAAGGAUAAUACUCAUGAUAGACAGGGAUGGAUGUCGAAUUUCCAGUUCCCUUUUGGGGAUUGGCUUAGUCAUCCUUGGUUGAGGCAGCCAGAAAAGCAGCAGGACCUUUCGAACACAAGAGACGCAAAUUCUCCCAUGCAACGUAGAGGACAAGAUGUGCAACAAUCUCCGUUCCUCCCCAAGAUUACCAUGAUUGGUAUCUCGACUGGAGAGCCAGGGAAGAUGAGCAAAGCCACCCUAAAGAAGACAAUGGAUGAUUUGACGAAAGAACUAGAAAAGGUGGACCAGGUAAAUCAAGCUGGCUCUACUAGUAACAAAUACAUGAUUGAUGAGAGGGAUCCACUAUUCGUGGCCAAUGUUGGUGACUAUUAUUCUAAUGUAUCAAAAACUGGCUCAGCUCGAUGGGUUCGGGGAGGAUCACACUAGAGUCGUGUUAUUUAUUUACUCUUUAUUUUUUCACCUUAGUUUUGUCCAAAAAUCAAAUUAAAAGCUGUAAAUCAAUAUGAUGAGUCAUGAUACCUACUUGAUUAGGCCACAUGCUUUAGUUCCACCAUGGUUAGGCAUAUAGCUGAAAGCGGAUGAGUCUUGAAGAAGAAGAUCCUCUGUCAAUGAAAAUAGUUUUACUUUUUCACAUAAUUUCAUAUUUAGAUUUGCA